AUGAGGUUGUCGACGAUUGGAACGCAUUCGUUGCGAAAGGAGGUCGUAACUGCGUCGACGAACACUCCCGGCAACCCCAAGCAGGGUCAGUGUGGCUUCGAGCGGGUUGGAGUUUGGAACCAGUGCAAGGAAGAUUCAUCUCCUCUGGUUCUGGCGGCGACCAGUUUGUUGGUCGUGCUUCAGCAG